UGUCCAGCCCACUCCCUGACGUCUCCGACAACUGGAAGCGGAAGUGAAAAAUGGGUAUCCCUGCUACCUCUUAGCAACGCGAGUGGUCAUGUGACACAAACGUUGACUCCAGUAGAGGAAGGGACGGUAGUGGCCAGUACUGGAGCUCUUGCCCCCUCGAUUGCCCGGCCGGGGAUCCGAGCCGAACAGUCAUCGUCAGAAUGUCGGGCAAAGACCGGAUCGAAAUCUUUCCCUCGCGAAUGGCACAGACCAUCAUGAAGGCUCGUUUAAAAGGAGCACAAACAGGCCGAAACCUCCUGAAGAAAAAAUCUGAUGCCCUAACUCUUCGAUUCCGACAGAUCCUGAAGAAGAUAAUAGAGACUAAAAUGUUGAUGGGUGAAGUGAUGAGAGAAGCUGCCUUUUCACUAGCUGAGGCCAAGUUCACAGCAGGGGACUUCAGCACCACAGUUAUCCAAAAUGUAAAUAAAGCCCAAGUGAAGAUUCGAGCGAAGAAAGACAAUGUAGCAGGUGUUACUUUACCAGUAUUCGAACAUUACCACGAAGGAACUGACAGUUAUGAACUAACUGGUUUAGCCAGAGGUGGGGAACAGUUGGCUAAAUUAAAGAGGAAUUAUGCCAAAGCAGUGGAACUACUGGUGGAACUAGCUUCGCUACAGACUUCCUUUGUUACUCUGGAUGAAGCUAUUAAGAUAACUAACAGGCGUGUGAAUGCCAUUGAACAUGUCAUCAUUCCCCGGAUUGAACGCACCCUUGCUUAUAUCAUCACAGAGCUGGACGAAAGAGAGCGAGAAGAGUUCUAUAGGUUAAAGAAAAUACAGGAGAAGAAAAAGAUUCUUAAGGAAAAAAGUGAGAAGGACUUGGAACAACGGAAAGCAGCUGGAGAGGUGAUGGAACCUGCUAACCUUCUGGCUGAGGAGAAGGACGAGGAUCUUCUGUUUGAAUAAUCUUGCCUGCUCUGUUCUUUCAGAAACCCCCAACACUGGUUCCA